GUGUGUGUUCCCUCAUGGCAGGGCUCGCCUCCCCCUCCCCGCAGUGAGUGUCCCGGCGCGGGGGCAGCGCCGGACGGGCGACCGCGGCCAUGCCGGGCGGUAAGGAGACACGGCUGCUGCACCUCAGCGAGAUGGAGAAGCUCGACAAGACCCUUUUCAGGCUGGAGCAGGGUUUUGAACUGCAGUUCCGACUGGGCCCAACUCUUCAAGGCAAGCCCGUUACUGUGUACACAAAUUAUCCAGCUUCUGGAGAAGUGUUUGAUCGCCACAAGUUCAGGACAUUAUCAUGGCACAAUCCUGCAGGAAAGGAAGAUGACUCUGACAAAUACUGCAAGCUGGAUCUCCAAAUUUCUGGGUCAUAUCAGUACUAUUUUAGUCUUGGAAAUGAAAAAAGCGGUGGAGGUUACAUAGUUGUGGAUCCUAUUUUGCAUGUUGGAGCUGAUAAUCAUGUACUACCUUUGGAUUGUGUUACGCUCCAGACAUUCCUUGCUAAGUGUCUGGGACCAUUUCAUGAAUGGGAAGAUAGACUUAAAGUUGCAAAAGAAACAGGUUACAACAUGAUUCAUUUUACGCCACUGCAGAAGCUUGGACUGUCUAGAUCAUGUUAUUCACUGGCUGACCAGUUAGAAGUAAAUCCUGAAUUUUCAACCCAUAAUAAAAAGUGCACUUGGAGUGAUAUAGGAGCUCUUGUGGAGAAACUGAAAAAUGAAUGGAAUAUGCUUUGCAUCACAGAUGUAGUCUACAAUCACACUGCUACUAACAGUGAAUGGCUCAGGAUGCAUCCAGAAUGUGGCUAUAACCUUGUAAAUUCUCCUCACCUGAAGCCAGCUUGGGUAUUGGAUAGAGCUCUGUGGCACUUGACCGGUAUGGUGGCCGAUGGGAAGUGUAUUGCCAAAGGCGUCCCUCCCUUGAUUGAGAGUGAUCAACACCUGAAUUGUUUACGUAAAAUAAUUCAUGAAGAUAUAUAUCCAAGAAUUAGACUAUGGGAGUUUUUCCAAGUGGAUGUUAACAAAGCUGUGCAGCAAUUUAAAACCCUUCUAACUCAAGGCAAAAUGAACACUAAAUCUGAUCCAAAUCAACAUCUUCAAAUACUUCAAGACCCUGAUUAUAGGCGAUUUGGCUGUACUGUAGAUAUGAAUAUAGCAUUGGCAACAUUCAUACCACACAGCAAUGGACCAGCUGCAAUAGAAGAAUGUUGUAACUGGUUUCGCAAGAGGAUUGAGGAACUAAACGCUGAGCAAUACAGACAAACUACUCACCAUCAAGAACAGGCUGUCAAUUGUCUUGUGGGGACUGUGGUUUAUGAACGAAUGGCUUGUGGUGGUCCUAAGCUGGGUCUUAUCAGUAGAAAAAAUCCCUUAGUUACCAGGUAUUUUACGUAUCCAUUUAAAGAGAUGACUGUGGAGGAAGAAGAAAGUAUGAUACAUCAGCCAGAUAAAGCUUGUUAUUUCAUGGCUCAUAAUGGCUGGGUUAUGGGAGAUGAUCCUCUUAGAAACUUCGCUGAACCAGGUUCGAAUGUUUACUUGAGAAGAGAGCUCAUUUGUUGGGGAGACAGUGUGAAACUGCGUUAUGGUAAUAAACCUGAAGACUGCCCAUACCUCUGGGCACAUAUGAAAAAAUACACUGAAAUCACUGCCAAAUAUUUCCAUGGUGUUCGUCUUGACAACUGUCACUCAACGCCUAUUCAUGUAGCUGAGUACAUGCUGGACACAGCUAGAAAAUUGCGAGCCGAUUUGUAUGUAGUGGCUGAACUGUUCACAGGAAAUGAGGAGCUGGACAAUAUCUUUGUGAAUAGGCUGGGCAUUACCUCCUUAAUAAGAGAGGCAAUGACUGCUUAUAAUAGCCAUGAAGAGGGAAGGUUAGUUUAUCGUUUUGGAGGUGAACCUGUCGGCUCUUUCGUUCAGCCGCGUUUGAGGCCUUUGAUGCCAGCUAUUGCUCACGCACUGUUCAUGGAUAUUACACAUGAUAAUGAAUGUCCAAUUCAGCACCGAUCUGCCUAUGAUGCUCUUCCGAGUGCAAUGAUUGUUUCCAUGGCUUGCUGUGCUACAGGAAGCACCAAAGGCUAUGAUGAACUAGUGCCACACCAGAUCUCUGUAGUAUCUGAAGAGAGGUUUUAUUCAAAAUGGAAUCCAGCAGCACAUCUGACUUCUGGUGAAGUUAAUUUCCAAACAGGAAUUCUGGCAGGAAGGCUGGCUAUAAACAGGCUGCAUCAGGAGCUGGGGGCUAAAGGCUUUAAUCAGGUGUAUGUAGAUCAGGUUGAUGAAGAUAUAGUCGCAGUGACAAGACACUGCCCUACCACACACCAGUCUGUCGUGGCUGUGUGUCGAACGGCCUUCAGGGAUCCUAAAACUUGCUUCUAUAGUAAAGAAGUACCUGAAAUGUGUAUCCCAGGAAAAAUAGAAGAAGUAGUACUUGAGGCUAGGACUAUUGAGAGAAGUGCUAGUCCUUACAAAAGAGAUCUACAUUUUAUAAAUGGAUUGCCUAAUUUCGCAAUGGAACUCAGAGAGCAUAUCCAGAUUAAAGACAGUAAAAUCAUAAAGCAAGCUGGAACUGCCAUAAAAGGGCCAAAUGAAUUUGUUCAAGAAAUAGAAUUUGAAAAAUUAACACCGGGAAGUAUAAUAGUAUUCAGAGUCAGUCUUGACCCAAAGGCACAGGAGGCUGUUGGUAUACUCCGCAACCAUUUGAUCCAGUUCAGCGCUCAUUUUAAAUCUGGAAGUCUUCCUGACGAUCAUUUAGCACCGAUUUUAAAAACCCCAUUUUCUUCUAUUGCAUCUAAACUGACUUUGGCCGACCUAAAUCAAGUGCUGUAUAGAUGUGAGGCAGAAGAACAAGAAGAUGGUGGAGGGUGUUACAAUAUACCAAACUGGUCACCGCUGAAGUAUGCAGGCCUCCAAGGGUUAAUGUCAGUGAUGGCAGACAUUAGACCAAAGAAUGAUUUGGGUCAUCCAUUUUGUGAUAAUUUAAGAUCUGGAGACUGGAUGAUUGAUUAUGUCAGUAAUCGUCUGAUUUCACGUGGUGGAGCCUGUGCAGAGGUUGGUAAAUGGUUGAAGGCCAUGUUUGUGUACCUAAAGAGAAUUCCCCGUUACCUCAUCCCGUGUUACUUUGAUGCCAUAUUAGUGGGUGCAUACACAACACUUCUGGAUGUGGGAUGGCAUCAGAUGUCUAGCUUUGUGCAAAAUGGAUCAACGUUUGUUAAACACCUUUCCUUGGGUUCAAUCCAGUUGUGUGGAAUAGGAAAAUAUUCUUGUCUGCCAAAUCUGUCUCCUUCCUUACAUGAUGUUCCCUAUAGGCUCAAUGAGAUUACAAAUGAGAAGGAACAGUGUUGCGUUUCCUUGGCAGCUGGUUUACCUCACUUUUCUUCUGGAAUUUUUCGUUCUUGGGGAAGGGACACUUUUAUUGCACUAAGAGGUCUGAUGUUAGUUACCGGGCGCUAUCUCGAAGCAAGAAACAUCAUUUUAGCAUUUGGUGGGACUUUAAGACAUGGUCUCAUUCCCAAUCUGCUCGGCGGGGGCACACAUGCCAGAUACAACUGUCGAGAUGCUGUGUGGUGGUGGCUUCAAUGUAUCCAGGACUACUGUAAAAUUGUUCCAAAUGGAUUAGACAUUCUCAGGUGUCCCGUUGCUAGGAUGUACCCGAGAGAUGACUCUUCUCCUCAACCUGCAGGCACUGUGGAUCAGCCACUUUACGAAGUAAUACAGGAAGCAAUGCAACGACAUAUGGAAGGCAUAAAUUUCCGAGAGAGGAAUGCUGGUCCACAGAUUGAUCAGAACAUGAGAGAUGAAGGUUUUAAUGUAACUGCAGGUGUUGACCACGAAACUGGCUUUGUGUUUGGAGGGAACCGCUUCAAUUGUGGCACUUGGAUGGAUAAAAUGGGAGAGAGUGAAAAAGCACGCAACAAAGGAAUUCCAGCUACUCCAAGAGAUGGCUCUGCUGUGGAAAUUGUUGGACUGUGCAAGUCAGCUGUCCGCUGGUUGCUGGAUUUAUCCGGGAAAAACAUAUUUCCAUUCCGUGGAGUCACUGUAAAAAGACAUGGAAAGGAGGAGAUUAUCACAUACGAUGAGUGGAACAGAAAAAUUCAAGGACACUUCGAAAGGCUGUUCUUUGUCUCUGAGAAUCCAGCAGAUCCCAAUGAAAAACGUCCAGAUCUCGUUCACAAACGUGGAAUUUAUAAAGACAGCUAUGGAGCUUCAAGUCCAUGGUGCGAUUACCAACUCAGGCCAAAUUUUACAGUAGCGAUGGUUGUGGCCCCAGAGUUGUUCACACCUGAGAAAGCUUGGAAAGCUCUGCAGACAGCAGAGGAAAAACUACUCGGUCCAUUAGGCAUGAAAACCUUAGACCCAGAUGAUAUGGUGUACUGUGGAGUAUAUGAUAAUGCUCUUGACAACGACAACUACAAUUUAGCCAAAGGUUUUAAUUAUCACCAAGGACCUGAAUGGCUGUGGCCAAUUGGAUAUUUUCUUCGUGCCAAAUUGUACUUCUCUAAGUUGAUUGGUCCAGAGAUAUAUGCGAAAACUGUCGUUAUGAUUAAGAAUGUUCUUUCUCGCCACUAUGUUCAUCUUGAAAGAUCAUCCUGGAAAGGGCUUCCAGAACUAACUAAUGAAAAUGGACAGUAUUGUCCUUUUAGCUGUGAAACUCAGGCCUGGUCGAUUGGUGUUAUCCUUGAAAUCCUUUAUGACUUGUAAAAGUUUAUUUUGAUUGAUUUGAUGAAAGUUCUGUGGUCUUAUUAUUGGGCAUAAAUGAAAACUUGGCUUACACUGCAAGGGAAAUCAACUGUUCUGCACAAUCACUUAAGCUGUGUCCUGACUUUCAAAGAUGCUGAAUGCCAGCAGCUCCUGUGUCCUAUAACUGUGUGGGGCUUGGAUUUUUUGAAAAUCAGACCAUGACAAUAAAACUGCAGUGCACACUUGAUGCAGAAACUUUUAGUAAGGAGCAAUUUUGAGAAUAUGCACAAACUAAUUUUAACUAGCUUUGGUUUUUUAGCCUUUUCAAAUCAAAAUCUUAAUGUAACAAAGUAGCUCUUUCCUGAGCUAAAAAUAAGUAGCACAGCUCUUAUGUUUUUUUUUCUUUGUCUCUUAAAGAGUAAAUGGAUGUUUUGCAAAUGCAUGCUUAAAGGGGAGUAGAAUAACUUCUAGCUUUCUGAGUUUGGUAUGCUUUGUGCUCUAGCACCAUACAUUAAUGAAGGCAUAAUAUGUUGUCUCUCCAUUGAACUGUAAGAUGGGGAUUUUUUGUGUGUGUGUUCAAUUGAGCACUUCACUAAGCAACCACAGAAAUAAAGUGUAUGAAUACUGUAAUAAACCAACCUCUGAAGUUAUAUAUAAAA